CACAGCAUCUGCAGGGUCACAGAGUGCCAGGCGUGUCGCCUCUUUCCAAUAAACAUGGAUGGAAAAACAGAUGUGAAGUCCCUCAUGGCGAAGUUCAACACGGGAAGUAACCCUGCAGAGGAGGCAUCCGCCAACAGCAGGCCCUUCAAAGUUACGGGACAAAACUCGCCUUCUGGAGUACAAUCAAGAAAGAAUUUAUUUGAUAACCAAGGAAAUGCCAGCCCUCCCGCAGGACCCAGCAACAUGCCUAAAUUUGGGACCACAAAACCACCCUUGGCAGUGAAACCUACCUAUGAGGAGAAGUCUGACAAGGAGCCCAAACCCCCAUUUUUAAAACCUACUGGAGUGAACCAAAGAUUUGGAACACAGCCAAACUCGGUUUCUAGAGACCCUGAGGUCAAAGUGGGGUUUCUGAAACCUGUAAGCCCCAAACCCACCAACUUGACCAAAGAAGAUACCAAACCUGUGGUUUUACGGCCUCCUGGGAAUAAGCUUCACAAUUUGAACCAAGAGUCUGAUUUAAAGACGCCAGGACCAAAGCCAGGGCCUACUCCCCCAGUCCCAGAAAAUGAUCUGAAGCCAGGGCUCUCAAAGGUGGCUGGAGUUAAGAGCAAGUUCACAGCAGCGGCACAAGAUGCUGACUCCAAACCCCGAUUUCCCAGACACGCCUUUGGCCAGAAGCCAUCCCUAAGUACAGAGGACUCGCAGGAAGAGGAGGGCAUCUCUAAGAAUGCACCUGUCCAGAAAGGAUCUCCAGUGCCACUAGGGGUCAAGUCCAAGGGCGGCCCUUUGAAACCAGCUAGGGAAGACCCAGAGAAUAAAGACCACGGAACAUCAAGUUCACCCUUUCCUGGAGUGGUACUGAAACCUGCUGCGAGCAGAGGGAGCCCAGGGCUCUCCAAAACCUCUGAAGAAAAAAAUGAAGAGAGGAAAACAGAUGUCACAAAGAACAUCUUUCUGAACAAAAUUAAUCAGGAAGAGUCGGCCAGAUUCCCUAAGGCCCCUUCCAAGCUGACAGCGGGGACACCAUGGGGACAAAACCAGGAGAAGGAAAAAGGAGACAAGAAUUCAGCAACCCCAAAGCAGAAGCCGCUGCCUCCGCUGUCCGUCCUGGGCCCGCCUCCAGCCAAGCCGAGCAGACCACCCAACGUUGACCUGAGCAGAUUCCGAAAAGCUGACUCUGCAAACAGUACCAGCAAAAGCCAGACGCCUUACGCGACAACCUCUCUGCCACCACCUCCAGCGCCUCAUCCAACACAACCGCCAGUCCCCAGCCUGCCCCCCAGAAACAUUAAGCCCUCCCUUGACCUCAAAAAUCCUAUACAUGAAGAAAAUCCAGAUGGUGUCAUGCACUCUGAUGGUACUGGAAAUCUAGAAGAGGAACAAGAGAGUGAAGGAGAAACAUAUGAAGACAUAGAAUCAUCCAAAGAACGAGACAAGAAACGGGAAAAGGAAGAAAAGAAGAGGUUAGAGCUAGAACGAAAGGAGCAGAAGGAGAAAGAGAAGAAAGAACAAGAAUUAAAGAAGAAAUUUAAACUAACAGGCCCCAUUCAAGUCAUCCAUCAUGCAAAAGCUUGCUGUGAUGUCAAAGGAGGAAAGAAUGAACUGAGCGUCAGGCAAGGAGAGGAAAUUGAAAUAAUCCGCAUCACAGACAACCCAGAAGGAAAAUGGCUGGGCAGAACUGCAAAGGGGUCAUACGGUUAUAUUAAAACGACUGCCGUUGAGAUUGACUACGACUCUCUGAAGCUGAAGAAGAACACACUUAAUGCUGUUCCGUCGAGACUUGUUGAAGAUGACCAAGAGGUCUACGAUGAUGUGGCUGAGCAGGAUGCUCCUGACAGCCACAGUCAGAGCGGAAACGGAGGGAUGUUCCCGCCACCACCAGAUGAUGACAUUUAUGAUGGGAUAGAGGAGGAGGAUGCUGAUAACAGAUCCAUGCUGCAGGUUGAAGAGAAGACUAAUACGUGGUCCUGGGGCAUUUUGAAGAUGUUAAAGGGAAAAGAUGACAGAAAGAAAAGUAUUCGAGAGAAACCUAAAGUCUCUGAGUCAGACAAUAAUGAAGGUUCAUCUUUCCCUCCUCCUCCUAAACAACUAGAUGUGGGAGAAGAAGUUUAUGAUGAUGUGGAUACCUCAGACUUCCCUGCUCCACCUGCAGAGAUGAGUCAAGGAAUUAAUGUUGGGAAGGCAAAAACAGAAGAAAAAGAUUCAAAGAAGCUAAAAAAGCAGGAAAAAGAAGAAAAAGAGCUCAGGAAAAAAUUUAAGUACGAUGGUGAAAUUCGAGUCCUAUAUUCAACGAAAGUUGCAUCCUCCUUAACUUCUAAAAAGUGGGGACCUAGAGAUCUGCAGAUAAAACCUGGGGAAGUGCUUGAAGUUAUACAAAACACCGACGACACCAAAGUUCUCUGCAGGAAUGAAGAGGGCAAAUAUGGUUAUGUCCUUCGGAGUUACCUGGUGGACAACGAUGGAGAAAUCUACGACGACAUCGCCGAUGGUUGCAUCUAUGACAAUGACUAGCACUCAGCUCUGUUCAUUCUCCUGUGUCUGUCAGUGGACAACAUGGAUUUUAAUUGGAAUUUUCUUGGGUAUCAUAGGAAAAAAAAACCGAAUGUACAAAAUGAAAUUUUAAUCUCUUUAUAAAGCUUUGAAAUUUUAAACUUGGAAAACGAACUCUGUUUAAUAUGUCAGAAGAUCAGUAGUGAGAUAGAAGAGUUACUAAGUGUCUCCUUUUUUUCUUUCUUCCUUUUUUCUUUUUAAGUGGGGGUUUCUCUUUCUGUAGUUCAGGCCAUCUUCCAUCUUCCUGCCUCAGCCUCCAAAGGGCUGUUAUGACAGAUGUGAGCCACCACACCUGGCUUAAAGAGCUCGUUUUGCUUCAGCUCUGCUCUUGUAAUGGCACUUUUCUUAGACCAUCAGUUGGGAAUUUCCUCUGCUGUAAAAAAGAAAGACAUUCCAAAGGAAGAAGAAAAAAGAAUACAAAGGAAUGUUUAAUUUCACAAGAAGACAACCUAUUGCUUUUCAUUAUCUGUUCAAAUUACCUACCCAAAAGAGGAAGAGUUAAUUCCUCUACUUUCCAGAAGACUAGAGCAGCAGCAGAAUAUUUCUAUCAAACUGGUUCCUCUUUGUUCACCGUGAAAUCAAAUGUUAAUUAUUUGAUAAGCAUGCUUCACAUUCUGUAUGCACAUUCUAAGAUUAACCUGAGUCCAAGAGUCUAAAGUCUUAUUUUUGUGGAUCCAUGCACACAUGGUUGAAUUCUGUGCUCUGUUUAAAUACCAUUGUUGGCUAGAGAAAUGGAGGGGGACUGCAGUUGUGAACACUGCAAGGAAGAAUGUUGAAACUCGCUCUCAUUUUACAGUGAUGCUUUACUGUGAAGUCUCUUAGAAGGGGGUUUAGUCUUGCUCUCAGUUGCUUCUGCAGAACUUAGUGAUGUUUAGAACCACUUUUCUAGAAAGUUGUUCAGCAGAAGGAACACGGGCAAUGAACGACAGUGCUUGGCCUGGGGUGGCCCCCCUAUUGAGACAUAUUCCAGGCUGUAAAGCACUGGCUUUUGUAUGCUAAGAACACUAAGCCCCAUGAUCUAAGACACAAUGCCUCAACAGCCGAGAAGACAGCAGACUGGGGAAUGUUUUUCAAAAUUAGUAAAUCCUAAUGCUGCUCCUAUUAUUGACAGUAAUGCAGCCUUGGCAAUGUUCAUUCCCUUCCUGGCGUUCUUAUAGAAUAGGAUUCAGUUCAGCUUAUCCCAGCAUUUUCCAUACCAACUAUUUCAAGCUUUUAUAGUUCCCCCAUCUAGGAUGCACACUUCAGAAGGUUUUUUUCUUGUUUUAAAUCAUUAAUUAAAUAAUGAUUCAUAUAUUAUCUAUGUAAAUUGCAAAGAUCCUUUGGAGCUUCUGAAGAGAGAUCCUGUUGAAUUUUUUUUUAAGUCAAAAAUUGUAUGGGAUAGAGAAAGAACUCAGUUGGUAAAGUGUUUACAUGGCAAGCUUGAAGACUGAAUCCAAUCAAAAAUCCCCAGGUAAAAAACAUGUAUGGUGACAAGUAUUUGCAGUCCCUGUGCUGGAGAGGCAGAGGUAGGAGUCCCUGGUCAGCCUCUCCAUCCUAAUUGAUGAGUCCCACACCAAUGAAAGACUUGUACCCAAGGGGACAGACAAUGACUGAGGAACAGCAGCCUUUGGACGCCAUGUGUAGAUGCCCAUUCACACAUAGAAACAUGUACACACAGACUGAAAAAUCCAUAAAAUAGAUCAAAGCCUUCAAAAGAGAUUUCUAUUAUGUGUUUUGGCUUAGUUUUGUGAGGCAGGGUUUCCUCUGUGUAGCCCUGGCUGACCUGGAACUCACUCUGUAGACCAGGCUGGCCUUGUACUCACAGAGAUCCUCCCAUCUCUGCCUCCAGAGUGCUGGACUUAAAGGUGUGCACCAUCACCACCCAGCCAAUUGCUUUGAAAUUUUAAGAAUGUCAGCAGCUUCUACAGCUCAAUUAAUAAGACACGAGGCUCUGAGUCUUCUGGGCUGGAAAUGACUCACCUCAAAUAGCCUCUGAUUAGGAAUUAGUUUGGUGGCAUUAGCCAGCAUGUAUUUUUGUGGUGAACUUCUUUUAUCACUAGAUAAAAAAUUACAUGGCGUAGAAGUGGUUGCUUGCUAACAUUGGCAUCAAAUAUAAAUUAUAUGCUGCCUGCAUUUCCAGUCAUUUUCUCUGAUUAAGGUUUGCAGGAAUUCAAUGCAAAUGUCAGGUUCUAAAGUCCAAAUUAGAUCAAGAGAAUAUAUCAUCUUUGAUUUAUAUUCAAAGAAAUGGACAGACACCUAUGAGAGAUUUGUGUAAUAAUUAUUUAAUAUAUAUUUGAAGUAUUAACUUUAAUAUACUAAAUGUGAUUUUGUUGUAGAUUGUGUGUGGAAUUUUGUCAUGUGAGAAG